ACACUGCAACAGUGUUACUGACAUGUUAAAUGUCUUUUCUUUUCUAAAUCAGGAAGCUGAUGCAUGAGAAAGAAAUGCAUUCCACGAAUAAAUCUUUAAAAUGAGUGCAUAACUUUGGGUGCAUUCAUAUAUUUCCUAAUCAUAAUCUCGGUUAUAGUACAGGUUCACUUUAAGCAGAAAGGUGACGCGUACCUCGCUUGAAUGGUGUAUACACACACACACACACAAGCACAAGACGGACAUGAUGGGACGCGUUUGCACAGCGGAUUAAUCAGCUGCAUUAAACCCCAACAGCGUUAUAUUUGUGUAGAAAAGCGAGGAGAAAAAAAAGGGUGCGCAAGAUAGAGGCAUCAGUCACAUACUAUUGAGUGAAGGACCUUUUUUCCGGCCCUCCAUCCUCGAUCAUAACCACAGAAGAAAACAAAUAUUCUAAAGCAGCCUUUCUCUUUCACUUAUCUCUGUCUGUCCUUUUCUCUUCCCACUUAGCGCCUCCUUUUUCCGCUGUGAGUGUUCUCUCUGGAGGUGCACAGUAGUCAGGCUCUGCCAUGCCCAGGGCGUGACCCCUCGUGUUUCCUUCUCCUCCUCCAUCAUGAAGCUGAAGCAGCGUGUGGUGGUGUUGUGCGGUGUGCUGCUGCUGCUGGGCCUGGCCAAGCUCUUCCUGCUGGAUGGAGGCGAAGGCUCGGCUGCCAGCCGCCGUGACCUGCGUGCCUUCCGCAAGAUGGAGGCGAGCCUAGCUCUGGCCAAGAACGCCCGUCUCACACACACGUUGCAGUCCCCCUGGGAGGUGGCGUCACAGUGGGUGGGGCCACGCGAGGUUUACCCAGAUGAGACACCUGAGCUGGCCGCUGUGCUCAGCGCCCUGGCCAGCGCCCGUAUCCAGAGGGCCGACGUCGGCUACAAAGGCACCCAGCUGAAGGCACUUUUGGUGCUGGAUGGAGGACAGAAGGUGGUGUUCAAGCCCAAGAGGUACAGCAGAGAUUAUGUGGUUGAGGGAGAGCCUUAUGCAGGCUAUGACAGACAUAAUGCAGAGAUCGCUGCCUUUCACCUGGAUAGGAUCCUGGGCUUUAGGAGAGCACCUCUAGUGGUGGGGCGAUUUGUGAACCUUCGCACGGAGAUAAAGCCUGUUGCCACAGAGCAGCUACUGAGCACAUUCCUCAUGCACGGGAAUAAUACCUGCUUCUAUGGGAAGUGUUACUACUGCAGGGAGAGUGAGCCUGCAUGUGCUGAGGGUGACAUAAUGGAGGGAUCAGUGACACUCUGGCUCCCUGACGUCUGGCCACUGCAGAAACACAGACAUCCAUGGGGACGCACGUACAGAGAGGGCAAACUUGCCAGGUGGGAAUAUGAUGAGAGUUACUGUGAAGCAGUAAAGAAGAUGCCGCCGUACGAUGCUGGUCCACGCCUCUUGGACGUGAUUGACACGUCUAUUUUUGAUUACCUAAUUGGCAACGCGGAUCGGCAUCAUUAUGAGAGUUUCCAAGACGACGGCGGAGCCAGCAUGCUCAUUCUACUGGACAAUGCUAAAAGUUUCGGGAACCCAGCUUUAGAUGAACGAAGCAUUCUGGCUCCUCUUUAUCAGUGCUGCAUGGUACGUGUGUCCACCUGGAACCGAUUAAACCUGCUGAAGGGCGGAGCUCUGAGUUCAGCGAUGCGCCAGGCUACAGCCCACGACCCUGCCCACCCAGUUCUGACUGAGCCUCACCUCGCAGCCCUCGACCGCCGUCUCAGCAGCGUCAUAGCCAACAUACGCCAGUGCAUAGAGAUGCAGGGAGCAGAGAGCACACUUAUUGAAGACCGCAUGAACCUGCCUCACCCUUAAACACAUCCAAGAGAGAGAGAAAGAGAGAGGGAGGUAGCAUUUUAAAUUGAGUUGAAUGCUGCCUGUCUGCCUUUAGAGGCUCACUUCCUGCAUUUGCAGCAUUGCAAGGAGACCUUAAAAACUGUUGGAAGUUACCUCAACCCAAGCAGGAAGUUGUCUCAUAACUCAUUAACAUUGAUGCAGACCCUAGUUUCUCCACAAACCAAAAAUGUUAUUUUCUCGAGCACAGCCACACACACACACACACACACACACACACACACACACACCCCUCUAAUCUUUUUCUCUUCCAUAUUUUCCCAACAUGCAUCACACAGUAGGAAUAAGUUCACCAAUUCCCUUGCAACAUUCUUACUUGGCCAUGUAAUAUUUCUUUCCAUAAAUUUCUCUCUCUCUCCAUGUUUAAAAGUGGCCUGUAACGUUGAACAUGCCUGAGCCUGUAUGGGCUCAGGGACAUUCCACAGCAGCUGUGGGGGUGUUCGCAGGCCCGGGCUGCCCCGUACUGGUAUCAAGGGCAGCACCAGUGAAAUUAUGUCACUGACAUCACAAAUCAAAGCAUUAACAGCCUAUCUGGGGAUAGCCUGUCUACAAACAGAUUGUACAUAAGCAACUAUUUAAUGACAAUGUUGAUAAACAAAUGAAUGGUUUUAAUGAUUUAAAAGAUUAAUAUUGAGAGUUACUAUGCAGGUUUGCCUGCUUUAAAAUGUGCAGUAUGAUUUCUGGAUAUAAACGGGUAGUGGGUGGAAGAAGCUGCUACUGAAGCUCAAAAAGAAGAUGGAGUGAAUGAUAGCAUGAAAAGCUAUAAGAGAGAGAUAUUCACACUUAUUCACAAAGCAGUGGUGUGGCUACAUGUAUUCAUCCCAGCCAAAUAGGAGUCAUUUAAAGAGCAAGAGCAUCUAAUUAAACAAGGGAAAUCUGGUGUAUUUCUGUAUGUUUGGACUGAAAGGCUACUGCCAGAUCAACCAUUUCCUGAUAAGAUUGAGGGUCCCUGCUGUGUGAAGAUCUUUUGAACAUUAAAAAAACCUUAAAAUUCAGUGUUUCCCUUAUUUUCAAGACAUUUUUACAAGAAAAUUUCUACCUCAUCAAUUUAUCAUUCUUCAUUAAAUGUUUAAUAGUUGGUUGAGGUCUUACAAGGUCAUAGUGGCUCAAAAUGGUAAAAGCCGAUAGACGCAGGUGGUAAUUUCAGUAUUUAUUAUAUGGGAGCAUGACCGUGCUAUUCAUCUGUCCCACCUAGGGGCAAUGGUGAGCAACUAACUUGUUGUACUACAUGUUUUCUGUUAUGGUUGCUGACCUCAUUAUGGCACUUUCACUCAAAUUACUGGAAACUUAUGUCAUGUUUUUAUUAUAUUCAUGACUGAGACUGAAACCUGAGAAGGUUAGUUGUUUGGUCUCUAUAAAUAUUUCUUAUCCGAUUAUAGGAUUUAUUCAAACUACUUGGCUGCCCUGAAUAUCACAUUAUAUCAAGAGCUUGGUCUGUUUUCAAAGCAGGCUAUGGAAUUUCCAAACUGCCUUCCGACAGCGAAUCAUCUCCUUACUUUGCCCCUCAGUCAUCUCUGAAUUGAAUCGGCUGCACAAAUGACUGAAGCCUCAACCAUGCUUGCUCAAUUCUGAACUGUCAUAUCUGGCCAAUGUUUUCCCUCUCACUCCAGAUGCGUGUUAUGCUGAGAGCAAGAUCAGCUGCUGGUAGAGACACUACAUUAUGCUUUGAAUUGGGUCAUUACCGUUCCUGCAGCUUGUGCUGUAAAUAGGCAUAACUGUAAGAGGGACUGCCCUGUGGCCUCGCUAACCCACUGCUGGUAUUUGUGUUUUAGUGUGUCAUUCUUUGAGAUGCCAUGACCUAUACUGUAUGUGUUCGUAUAAGUCUUGGUUGGAGGAGGUGUUCUUGUGUGUGAACAUUCAAAAUGAGUAAACCUAAACAAACCUGUAGCCUUUAUACUGGCUUUGAAAAGUGCAGAGGGAAUUUCAUGUGCAUUAUGUUUAAUGAAUAAGUGUGGUAUAUAAUGCAGCGUCAUCCUGUAUGUAAAUUCUGCUAAAAUGUGUUUCAUCUCCUAGUCCUGGAGAGCCACAUUACAGUUCACACCCCUCCUGUGUGGGUGGGGUGUAGAAUAAAUGCAGAAGUCCUAUGAGUUAUGGGCAUCUGAAAA